CAACCUUACUGUGAAACCCGACUUUAUUUGCCUAUCUCCAUUUCAACAGUUCUCCACCAACCCGGGCAUCGACAAUGGCGACUAUUCAGAACCCAGCUAUCCCAAAAGGCUCCACGGUACUGGUUACGGGCGUGAAUGGCUUCAUUGGCUCUCACGUGGCAGACCAGUUCCUUCAGCUCGGAUACAAAGUGCGCGGUGCUGUUCGGGAUGUCCAAAAGAACGCUUGGAUGAAGGAGUUGUUCACGAAAAACUACGGAGAGGGCCAGUUUGAGCUUGUCGCUGUCCCAGACAUUACGAGUGAAGGGGCCUUCGAAGCAGCUGCAAAGGAUGCAUCUGCAGUUGUACAUGUGGCCUCGGUUGUAAACUUUGAUCCGGAUCCGACCAAAGUCAUCCCCGUCGCCGUUGAAGGAGCAGUGAACUCGCUAAAGGCUGCAAACAAAGAGCCCAGUGUGAAGCGAUACGUGCUGACGUCGUCGUCAGCCGCGGCAUCAUUGCCGAACCCAGACAAAGAGAAACUGAUCACGCGAGACACUUGGAAUGACGAAUCGGUCCAAGCGACCAAGGUAGACGCUCCGUACCCCCCAGAACUAGCUAUGCACACCUAUGCUGCAAGCAAAACUCUGGCGGAGCAGGCCAUCUGGAAGUUCUAUAACGAGAACCAGGAGAGAAGACCGGACUUGGUUGUCAACACAGUGCUCCCGAACAUGAACUUUGGAAAGAGCCUUGACUAUACCAACCAGGGGGCACCUUCUACAUCGAAGAUCAUCGAGGCCUUGUGGUAUGGUGUAGACCUCGAUCGGGCUGCACAGUUUGGUCCGCAGUACUUCGUCGACGUUCAAGACGUUGCACGGCUGCAUGUCGCAGCAGUCAUCCAUCCCGGCGUCAAAGGAGAAAGGAUAUUUGGUUACGCGGAGCGUUUCAACCACGACGCAGUCCUGGACAUAUUGCGGAAACAAAACCCCGAGCGCGAGUUCGUUCCGAACUUUCUGAGCGGAACGGACCGGUCCGUGAUUGAGCUUCGAGGCCGCGCCGAGCAGCUGUUGCAGGAGCUGGGUCGUCCGGGUUUCACGUCGAUGGAGGACAGUGUGUGGAUGAACUCCGAGCCCCUUCGCCGCCAAAAGUGACAUGGAUGUUGAAGCGGUUGUUCAGAAGUCUAGCUAAGAGUAUCUCCGCUAUAUAAAUGGCUUUGAACUAUUUGAUAUUACAACUUGGUAUAUGUGAAGCUGGGCGCGAGGAAUUGGACGCCGCUUGUCCUUCUAGAUUACUGUUACCUAUGGAGGUAUAUAUGCUGCUAUCUAAAAGAA